CAAAAAAACAUAGCAAAUAAUAAUAAUAAUUAUGGCCGAUGAUGAGAAGAAAAAGGAAGUGGUUGACAAUAGACCAGAGUUUUUCUGGAAUUAUGUGAGCAAAACCAUGCGUCUGAAGCAAGAGAAAUGGACCAAAAUGAUAACAACAAACGAGUACAAGGACCUGAUAAUGGAGUUUCUCAACAAUCCGAACGUAGAACGUUUGAUAUUCACAUUGAAUUCCAGUUCCCAGCUCUAUCCCACAAACAAUUUUCCGGCCAAACCGCGAUCGAAGGUGGCCUAUUUCAUACGAAACUCUCGACCAUUAUAUCUAAUUGAAGAAAAUAUGUUAAAUUCACUUAUGAUUGGUGAUCUAUUGCCCAAUCCUCUGGCAAAUCUUUCCGUACUCUGCGAUGAGAUAUUUUUCCCUUUGCUUAACAAUCCUGUCAACCAAACUGGAUGGACUAGUGUGAUAGUUAAUGACAUGAAAACGGAAUCACAAGAGAUGCGUAAUGGCAUAGCCCAAAUGAAGGGUUUGGUCAUCAAUCGAACUAUAUUCCCAUUGCCCAUAUGCAUGGAUGAGGUAAUGGAAGCGGCUCCAGCUAUUGCAGCAGGAGAUCUUUCAGUGGUCAAUCAUUUAAUGAAGCAUUCAUUAGAGUUCAUGGUGGUCAAGUGGCUAGAUUCUGUAGAAGAUUUAGUUGGCAUUAAGCCAUCCGAGAAAAUAUAUUCCAAAGAGAAAUAUCCAUUGCCAGAAGCUUUAUUUCAAUUCUGGGAAUCACGCUUAGAGAAUCUUGAUAGUUUGGUUGACCAAUUGUGCGAUAAGCGUAUCAAGACCAUAGGUUUUGUCUUGGAGAAAAUUCAAUCGGUAUUCGAACAUUCGUAUAGACGGAUCGUGGAACUUGUUCUAGAGGCUUUAGCCGAGGCGAGAGAUAUAACCAAAUGCCUGGCACCAUUGAAAAAGAAAAUGGAUAAAUUUGAGAAUUGCGAUAUGGACGAAAAUAGACCCGAAAUUCGUCCACUUAUGCUAACCGUUGGAUUGGUCUGGGGACAUUCUCGUUACUUUCACACGCUCAAUAACAUGACAUUAUUCUUCAAUCUACUACAUAAUUCAAUUAUCGAAUGUGCCAUACGUACAAUUGAACCAGAUUCCAUUUUUCAAGGCGACAUAGAUGAGGCCUAUAAAAAGGUCGAUCAGAAUAUUCAACAUUUAGAGUACUAUAAAACUAUUUACAAGGAAUGCCGUAAUUCCUUAAAGAAAUUCAAAAUUGGCACCACAUUCAAUUCUCAAGAUUGGACUUGGCAUCCAGAAAAGAUAUUUCAUCGUCUCGACGCUUUCAUGUUGCGUCUGGGCGAACUCAAAGAGCUGUUCAACACAGGGCGUGAUUUUCAGAAAUUAGAGAAAAUCGUCAUGGGUGGACUAAAGGGACGUCAAAUUACAGCUGCUUUGGAGAAAAUUCUCGAUGAUUACAAUUCCAUCUAUCGAGAAUGGACAAACAUACAAUAUAAUCCAUUAGAUCCAGAAGCAGAGAACUCUGAAUUUGAAAAGGAUCGUUUGAAAUUCAUGCAGAAAACAGAUGUGAUGGAGCGCAUGAUAUCUUUUCAGUUUGAGAAGGCACUCGAAGAUACACACGAUCUCUUGCUGGCCGGACAGCUUUUAUUACGUCCCAUUAUCAGGGAACACAUUGAACCAUUUAUGCAUAUUAUAGUCGAUGACUUUGAGGAAGAAAUUCUAAAUGUGAAAAAGGAUUUUAAUGAGUUUAAACAGAUCUAUCUGGUAUCGGGAGAAGAAGAAUUGCCAACAGAUGAUUGCUUUCCGCAAAUAUCGGGAGCUGUGGCCUGGCUUAAGAAACUUCGAUAUCGUAUAACGGCAAUGCAUAAGGAACAUGAAUUAUACGAAUAUCCCAUUUUUGAAAAUGAACGUGGCCAAAAUGUCAUGGAUAUCUAUGAACUAAUGUUGCAGGAAAUUGAUGAUUUCAUUAAGCAGAUAUUGGACAAAUGGGUUGUCGAAUGCUGGGCUGGUAUACAGCAAGGCAUGGCUUUAACUCUUUUGGAAAAGAAUGAACACGACAUACUGAGUGUGAAUUUCAGCGACAAUCUAAAAACUGCUCUUAAGGAUAUUAAAGUAUUGCGUUUGCUUCACUGUGAAUUGACGCCACAGCUAAUGAAGUUCUUUAGUCGCGAGGAGGAGCUAUGGCAAGCGCGUAUUAAACUAAUGCGCAUUGCCGAAUGGUAUAAUGAUAUCCAUGAAAGAGCCCAUGAAACAGAGAAAGGUUUAAUUGCCACCGAAAUGGCCAUGAUUGAGGAGCAAAUGAAGCCCCUUAUAGAAAAUAUAACAUGGAAUGAGUUUAGUCAAAAAUUCAUUGUGAUGAUUUUCAAAAUGGUCAAAUAUUUGCAUGAUCGUUUGGUGGCCGCCCAAGAGAAUUUGGAGGCCAUUAAGGAGAGUAUACGGUCCUGGGGGAAGGUGCCGCUUUUCCAACGCAAAGAUUUCAAUCCCACACAAAUGUUACAUACGGAUCCUAGGGAACCUAUUUUAAAUAAUCGUAUGGAACAGGCGAAUAUCACUCAACGUCUCAUCGAUCUACUUACAUACAUUAAUCUAAAAUUAUUCUUUGAUAUACCACGACGUUAUAGUCUGCCACCAGGUGAGGCUGGUGAGGAGGAGGAUGAAGGCGAUGGCAUUUGGCCACCAAUUAUAAGUCUGACCAUGAUGACAAAUAUUGGCAAAGUGAAAAAGAAGCGCGAUGGCGGCGAGGAAGAUUAUUUGGAUGAGGAGGGUGAAGAGGAGCAGUCGGAGAGCGAAGAGGAAGUGAUUACUGCAUUUCAUCGAUAUGAAUUGCUCAAGGGCGUCAGCGAGGAGGAACGUCUACUGUUUCGAACCUACGAACAGUAUGUGGAUACAAUUAUAGCUGAAAAUCUAUUGGAUGCAGUCAUCACCAGCACCACAUACCUGAGAAUGGAAGUGGAGAAUCGUUAUGAGAAUAAUGCACCCAUUUUUGAAAUAUUUAUGGAAUUGCAAGAGCCGAAUGUGGUUUAUUUUCUCAAUUUGGAUCCAAACUCGAAAGCGGGUUUCCUAUUCUUUGUAGAGACAAUAUUGGGUAAUAUGAAUGAGAUGAUGAAUCUGUUAUAUCGGGUCGCACAGGAUCCCACCGAGGUGACGGGUGAAGAGCCCAUACGUUUCAUGUCUGAGUUGGAAAACAAACCCGAUUUGGAUAAACAGCGGUUCGAUAUUAUAAACAAAAUCAAAAUGGCUCUGCAGUCAAUACGAGUGCAUGGCAAAGGUUAUAUGGAGUACUCAUAUCUCUGGCUCUGGGAUAAGAACAAAUAUUUAAUGGAAGUCAAAAAAUAUGGCCGUAACCUGACCCUAGAUGAACGAGAUGCAGAAGCAGAACAAGAGGGCAGCUCAGGUGUGAAACCUUUAGGGGAAGAGUAUCCACCAUUAUCGGUUUAUAAAGAACAAUUGGAUAAGUUUAUAGAACUGCAAGAUCAAGUACGCACCUGGGAGACAUUUGUAGACUUUUUUGUCUUUCUGCGCCUAAAUACGGCCGGUUUCAAGUCCUCAGUACUUAGUCAAGUAGGACAGUGGAUAAGUCUCUUUAAAAUGGAUCUAAUCAAUCGGGUAAAGAACUCACUGGAGGAACUUCAAGCCUUUGUGGAUGAGGCAAAUGUAGUACUCAAAAUGGAACUGCAAAAAGAUGACUUUGAGGGUCUGGUAAAGAUUCUAUCUGUCCUGAAUCAGAUCAAUGAGAAGCAAUAUGUCUACGAUUAUAUGUUCGAGCCGCUGAAAGAAAUUGUUGAUCUUCUCAAGCAAUACAAUUACGAGUUUAAAGACACAGAGUUGGCUCAAUUGAAUGAAUUACCCGAUGCUUGGAUGAAAAUAAAGCGACUAGCAGCCACCACAAAGCAAAUGAUUGCACCCAUUCAGAGUUACCAAGUAGACUUGAUAGAAAAGCGCAUCAUGCUCUGUGACAACAUGUCGAAUACUUAUCGCAAAAAGUUUGUACUUAAAAAAUUCUUUCAUGUUCCCUGUCCCAAUUGCUACGAAUUGAUAGAUGAGGCUGAUUUGGAAAUUGUGGCUCUGGAGGAACGUCAAAAGAAUCUCGCUGAAUCAGCUGUUCUGUUCGAGCUGCAGGGACCAGAUGCUGCCAAAAUUGAAUUAUGUCGCAGUGAUUUGAAACUGGUCAAGGUAAUGUGGGACUUUGCCAUUACCAUUGAGUCGACAAUUAAUGACUGGAAGAAAACACCCUGGAAGAAAAUAGACAUCGAGACCAUGGAUCAGGAAUGCAAGAAAUUUGGUCGUGAAUUGCGUGGCCUCGACAAGGCCAUGCGUGGCUGGGAGCCGUUUAUAUUCAUGGAAGCAUCGCUGAAGAAUCUAAUGACCUCAUUACGUGCUGUGACAGAAUUGCAAAAUCCAGCCAUUCGUGAUCGUCAUUGGAUUGAAUUAAUGCAGACGACCCAAGUGAAAUUCAGCAUGGACGAUUCGACAACUUUAAAGGACCUUAUCGAUUUGAAUCUGCACGAGUAUGAGGAGGAAGUAAAGAAUAUUGUGGACAAGUCAGUCAAGGAGAUGGCCAUGGAGAAGCAAUUGCGCGAUAUAGCUGCUGCCUGGGCCAAUAUGGAGUUUGGCACAGAAAUUCACGAAAGAACUGGUCUCAAGCUGCUCAAGGCAUCGGAAGAGAUGAUUGAAACUCUGGAGGAUCAUCAGGGCCAGCUACAGAAUAUGGCCUCGUCCAAGUACAUUGCCUUCUUUGAGCACGAGGUUCGCACCUGGCAACAAAAACUGUCGAAUGCCGAUCAAAUUAUUAGCUCAUGGUUCGAAGUUCAACGCAAAUGGCAAUAUUUGGAGAGUAUUUUCAUUGGCUCUGAGGAUAUACGCUCCCAAUUGCCAGAGGACUCUAAGCGCUUUGACUAUAUCGAUAAGGAAUUCAAGGCGCUGUUGGCCCAAAUGAACUCUGAUAAGAAUGUGGUAAGGUCCACUAAUCGCUCGGGCAGCAAACUUUACGAUCACCUGGAAUCGCUUCUCAAAAUGCUGCUACUUUGCGAGAAAGCUUUGAAUGACUAUUUGGAGACGAAGCGUCUUGCCUAUCCACGUUUUUAUUUCGUUUCAUCAGCCGAUUUGCUGGAUAUUCUAUCCAAUGGCAAUAAUCCCUCUAUGGUGGCUCGUCACUUGACAAAACUCUAUGAUUCGAUGGGCAAAUUGAAUUUAAUUUCCGGCUCGAAACAAGCUGCUGGAAUGGUGGCCAAAGAAUUGGAGGAAUAUGUUCCAUUUCUAGAAAAUUGCGAUUGCAGCGGCAAGGUGGAAGUCUGGCUAAAUCGUGUCACUGACAAAAUGCGCGAUACUUUGCGUGAUCAGCUGAAACGUUCCCUUUCCCAUUACGAUCACAAGCCGCGUCAUGUCUGGAUCUUUGAAUGGCCUGCCCAACCGGCAUUGGUGGGCACUCAAAUUAUGUGGACAGCUGAGACAAACGAUGCCUUUAUCAAAGUUCAGCAACGCUAUGAGAAUGCCCUAAAGGACUAUAACAAAAAGCAGGUGACCCAGCUGAAUAAUCUCAUUCUCCUGCUGCUGGGCGAUCUCACUGCCGCAGAACGUCAAAAGGUAAUGACCGUGUGCACCAUCGAUGUGCAUAGUCGAGAUGUGGUAUCCACGAUUAUAGCCAAGAAAGUGGAAGUCCAAACUGCUUUUCAAUGGCAGAGUCAAUUGCGUCAUCGUUGGGAUUCUAAGAUCGAUGAUUGUUUUGCCAACAUUUGUGAUGCCCAAUUUCGCUAUGACUAUGAGUAUUUGGGCAAUACACCUCGUCUGGUUAUCACUCCCCUAACAGAUCGUUGUUACAUAACACUGACUCAAUCUCUACAUUUGGUAAUGGGUGGAGCUCCCGCUGGUCCAGCUGGUACUGGCAAAACGGAGACAACCAAAGAUCUUGGUCGCGCCUUGGGCAUGAUGGUGUAUGUGUUCAAUUGCUCUGAGCAAAUGGAUUACAAAUCGAUUGGCAACAUACACAAAGGUCUGGCCCAAACUGGAGCCUGGGGCUGUUUCGAUGAGUUUAAUCGCAUCUCCGUUGAAGUACUUUCGGUGGUGGCUGUCCAAGUCAAGUGCAUACAGGAUGCCAUCAAGAGCAAAAAGUUGACAUUUAGUUUUCUGGGCGAGCAUAUUUCAUUACGAAAUACGGUGGGUGUCUUCAUUACCAUGAAUCCUGGUUACGCUGGUCGUGCCGAGCUGCCUGAGAAUCUAAAGGCACUCUAUCGUCCUUGCGCCAUGGUUGUGCCUGAUUUUGCACUGAUUAGUGAAAUUAUGUUGGUGGCCGAGGGAUUCCAAGAGGCACGUCUACUGGCCCGCAAGUUCAUCACGUUAUACACUCUGUGCAAGGAGCUGCUAUCCAAACAGGACCAUUACGAUUGGGGUCUGCGUGCCAUCAAAUCGGUGCUAGUCGUUGCUGGCGCCCUAAGGCGCGACGAUCGUCAACGACCAGAGGAUCAAGUGCUUAUGCGAGCUUUGCGUGAUUUCAAUAUACCCAAAAUUGUAACCGAUGAUGUGCCCGUGUUUAUGGGACUUAUUGGUGAUCUGUUUCCGGCCUUGGAUGUGCCACGUAAACGUAAUCCUGAAUUUGAGGCUGUGAUUAAGCGUUCAGCAUUGGAUUUGAAGCUGCAGCCAGAGGAGGGUUUCAUAUUGAAAAUUGUACAACUGGAGGAAUUAUUUGCCGUUCGUCAUUCUGUGUUCAUUAUUGGUUUUGCGGGCACAGGCAAAUCGGAGGUGUGGAAAACGCUAAACAAGACAUAUCAGAACCAAAAACGCAAACCCCACUACAAUGAUCUUAAUCCCAAAGCGGUGACCAAUGACGAAUUGUUUGGCAUAGUCAAUCCGGCCACACGUGAGUGGAAAGAUGGCCUUUUCUCUAUAUUGAUGCGAGAUCAGGCCAAUUUGGGGGGUAGUGGCCCAAAGUGGAUUGUUCUCGAUGGUGAUAUUGAUCCCAUGUGGAUUGAGAGUCUCAACACCGUGAUGGAUGACAAUAAAGUGCUGACUUUGGCCAGUAACGAGCGUAUUGCUCUGACCAAAGAAAUGAGAUUGCUGUUUGAAAUUGCCUCACUGCGCACAGCCACACCAGCCACAGUGUCGAGAGCUGGUAUUUUAUAUAUUAAUCCACAGGAUUUGGGCUGGACACCGUUUAUACAAUCCUGGCUGGGCACUCGCUCAAAUUCCAGUGAGGUGGCCACUCUGAAUGUUCUGUUUGACAAGUAUGUGCCACCAUUGCUGGAAGCGUUCAAAAAUCGAUUGAAGAGUAUUACACCAAUAUCGGAUAUUGCCCGCUUACAGAUGACAUGCUUCCUUCUGGAUAGCAUGCUAACACCACAAAAUGUGCCCAACGAUUGCCCCAAGGACUGGUAUGAAAUUUACUUUGUCUUCUGCAUUGUUUGGGGCUUUGGUUCUUCGUUGUUCCAGGAUCAGAUUAUUGAUUGGCGUAAUGAGUUUAGUAAAUGGUUCCUCAAUGAAUACAAGGCCGUUAAAUUCCCACCAUCGGGAAAUAUAUUCUCAUUCUAUAUAGACAAUGACACCAAGAAAUUCUUGCCCUGGACAAAUUUGGUACCAGAAUUUGAAUUAGAUACAGAUUUGCCAUUGCAAUCGAAUUUGGUCAAUACAAAUGAGACAACACGUUUGCGGUUCUUUAUGGACACUUUAAUCGAGGCCGAUCAUCCGUUAAUGUUAAUCGGUCCAUCUGGAUCGGGCAAAACUAUAUUGAUGAAUGCCAAACUGAAUGCCUUGCCCACCGAGAAAUAUGCAGUAACCAAUGUGCCCUUUAAUUUCUAUACAACAUCCGAAAUGUUGCAACGCAUUCUAGAGAAACCGCUGGAGAAAAAAGCUGGACGUAAUUAUGGUCCCAUAGGCACCAAGAGAAUGAUCUAUUUUGUGGAUGAUAUGAAUAUGCCAGAGGUGGAUAAAUAUUUCACUGUACAGCCACAUACUUUAAUCAGGCAGUUUAUGGACUAUCACCAUUGGUAUGAUCGUCAAAAGAUGACCCUGAAGGAUAUACAUAAAUGUAAUUUUGUGGCCUGCAUGAAUCCAUCUGCCGGUUCAUUUACCAUUAAUCCAAGAUUACAGAGACAUUUCUGUUCCUUUGCUGUGAACCAGCCCAGUCAAGAUGCCUUGUUCCAUAUUCUGAACUCCAUACUCUCGCAACAUAUAGAGAAUCCAGUACACAAGUUCGACAAGACUGUAAUUAGAUUAUGUGAACCACUGGUGACCACUGCCAUAGCCCUUCAUCAAAAGGUUGCCUCAUCUUUUCUGCCCACGGCCAUUAAAUUUCAUUACAACUUUAAUUUGCGUGAUAUAGCCAACAUAUUUACGGGAGUUCUUUAUGCGAAUAGUGAGACCUGCCCGAACGCUAAUCUAAUGAUACGUCUAUGGGUUCACGAAUGCUAUCGAGUCUAUGGUGACAAAUUGGUCGACUAUACAGAUAUAGGUAACUUUAAGAAAAUUGUUGCCGACGUGGUACGCAAGGGUAUUGAUGGCUUAAGCGACGACAUUGUUUACAAGCAACCGCAUAUAUAUUGUCAUUUUGCGAAGGGUUUAUCGGAUAUCAAAUAUAUGCCCAUUAGCGAUUGGGAUAGAUUAAAGGCAUUGCUCGAGGAGGCUCAAGAUCGUUACAAUGACUACGUGGGAGCUAUGAAUUUAGUGCUCUUCGACGAUGCCAUGUCGCAUGUGUGUCGCAUUAGUCGUAUAGUUGAAUCCUCACGAGGAUACGCCAUGCUAAUCGGUGUCGGUGGUUCGGGCAAACAGUCUCUCACUCGACUGGCGGCAUUUAUCUCCUCGCUCGAUGUAUUCCAAAUUCAAUUGACCAAGGAUUAUAGUGUUAAUGAUCUAAAGGCAAAUAUUGCCACUCUAUACUCCAAGGCAGGUGUAAAGACAACGGCUUGUUGUUUCCUCCUUACCGAUUCAGAGGUGGCACGCGAACAAUUCUUAGUGCUGGUCAACGAUUUGUUGGCAUCGGGCGAUAUUCAUGAGUUGUUCCCCGACGAUGAGAUUGAGAAUGUGGUCAAUGCGGUGCGUAAUGAGGUCAAACAAUUGGGCAUUAUGGAUAGUCGUGAGAAUUGUUGGAAAUAUUUUAUUGAAAAGGUUCGCAGCUUGUUAAAGGUUGUCCUUUGCUUCUCUCCGGUCGGUGCCACUUUGCGUAUACGUUCCCGCAAAUUCCCGGCUCUGAUUAAUUGCACAACUAUCGACUGGUUCCACGAGUGGCCACAACAGGCUUUGGAAUCGGUAUCGAUGCGUUUCCUUUCCGAGAUUUCAGUAUUGCCCAAAGAGUUGGCACUUCCGGUCUCCAAUUUUAUGGCCUAUGUACACAAGACUGUCAACGAUAUUUCGCAAGUGUAUUUGGCUAAUGCCAAGCGUUAUAAUUACACCACACCCAAAUCAUUCCUCGAGCUCAUUGCUCUCUACUCCAAAUUGCUUCAUGAAAAGGUCAAAGCCAAUUUAGAUCGACGAGUGCGUCUGGAGAACGGACUCAUUAAGCUGGCAAGUUGCACCAAAGAAGUAGACGCCCUCCAGGAUGUUUUAAAACUACAGGAGGUCGAACUGAAGGUCAAGAAUCAAGAGGCAGACAAUCUCAUUGUUGUUGUGGGCACAGAAAACGAAAAAGUGUCUAAGGAAAGAGCAUUUGCUACCAAAGAGGAAAAGAAUGUGCGCCAAAUCGAAGAGGAGGUGACGGCCAAAGCCAAAGUAUGCGAAGAGGAUUUCCUUAAGGCACAGCCGGCUCUUCUUGCCGCCCAAGAGGCUCUAAACACACUAAACAAGAAUAAUCUGACGGAGUUGAAGUCCUUUGGCUCACCGCCAGAUGCUGUGGUCAGUGUUUGUGGUGCUGUUCUAGUCCUAUUCUCUGUCAAGGGUAAAAUACCGAAAGAUCGGAGCUGGAAAGCGGCACGUGGCAUGAUGGGCAAUGUUGAUAAAUUCCUCGAUAAUCUAAUCAACUACGAUAAGAAGCACAUUCACCCAGAUAUUAUCAAGGCUCUACAGCCUUACGUGCAAGAUCCUGAAUUUAGUCCCGAAAAGAUUAUCUCAAAGUCAUCAGCUGCGGCCGGUUUAUGUUCUUGGGUAAUUAACAUCAAUCGAUUCUACGAUGUCUAUCUCAUUGUGGAACCCAAAGAGCGUGCCCUGGUUGAAUCUGAGAAGGAAUUGAAAGAUGCCCGUGAUAAAUUAACUGCCCUGAAUCAACGUCUAACCGAACUGGAGGAACAACUCAAUGUGCUGCAAGGGGAAUACGAUGAGGCGUUGGCCAAAAAGCAAAAAUGCCAAGACGAGGCGGACAAAACAGCCUUUACCAUUGACAUUGCGAAUCGACUGAUUGGUGGUUUGGCCACUGAGAAAGUACGCUGGACAGAGUCGGUCAAGAGCAUUACAUCAGGUAUACGGCAGUUGCCUGGAGAUAUUCUAAUUAUAUCCUGUUUCAUAUCAUAUGUCGGUUGUUUCACCCGCGCAUAUCGCAUUGAACUUCAGCAAAAAAUGUGGAUGCCCGCUUUUAUUAAAAGCCAGCCCCCGAUACCAUCAACUGAGGGCAUUGAUCCCUUUGAAAUGAUUUGUGACGAUGCUCAAAUAGCCGAAUGGAAUAAUCAGGGUUUGCCCAGUGAUCGCAUGUCAGCGGAAAAUGCUGCCAUUUUGGUUCAAUCUGAGCGUUACCCACUUAUGAUCGAUCCGCAGCUUCAAGGCAUCAAAUGGGUGAAGAAUAAAUACGGCACCGGUUUAAUUGUCCUGCGACUUACGCAAAGAAACUAUUUGGAUCAUGUGGAGAAGGCCGUGAGCAAUGGCAGUGUUUUGCUUAUUGAAAACAUUGGUGAAAAUGUCGAUGCCGUGCUCAACCCACUGCUGGGACGCAUGUUGAUCAAAAAGGGCACAGUUCUCAAGAUCGGAGAUCGUGAAAUUGACUUUAAUCCGAAGUUCCGCUUGAUAUUGCAUACAAAAUUGGCCAAUCCUCAUUAUAAGCCCGAAAUGCAGGCUCAAACGACUUUAAUUAAUUUCACGGUUACUCGUGAUGGUCUCGAAGAUCAACUGCUGGCUGAGGUGGUGAAAGUAGAACGUCCAGACUUGGAAUCUAUGCGUACGCGGCUCACCCAGCAGCAGAAUCAUUUUAAAAUUACACUUAAAUUUCUGGAAGAUGACCUUCUAGCGCGUUUAUCCUCUGCCGGUGAAAAUGUACUCGAAGAUGUAACCCUUGUUAUGAAUUUGGAGAAAACCAAGAAAACAGCCGAUGAAAUUGAGGUCAAGGUGGCCGAGGCUAAAAUUACCGGUGUUCAAAUCGAUUCAGCCCGAGAGGCUUAUCGCCCGGCUGCUGAGCGUGCCUCCAUUAUAUACUUUAUAUUGAAUGAUCUUUUCAAAAUUAACCCCAUCUAUCAGUUUUCACUAAAAGCUUUCACUGUCGUGUUUAACAAUGCCAUGCUGAAGGCCACUCCGGCAGAGAAAUUAAAAGAACGUGUAGAGAAUCUCAUCGAUUCGAUUACGUACUGCAGUUACGUUUACACUUCGCGCGGUCUUUUCGAGCAGGACAAACUGAUCUUCCUUACACAAAUGUGCAUACAGAUUCUGGUAAAUGCCGGCGAAGUGGAACCCAGCGAGCUAGACUUUCUUCUACGCUUCCCUUAUAUGCCUAAUCAAACCUCCAAUUUCACCUGGUUAACCAAUUUGGGCUGGGGUGGCAUUCGUGCCCUUACAAAUUUGCCAGCUUUCAAGGGUUUGGAAAAGGACAUGGAAGGCUCGCACAAGCGUUGGAAGAAAUUUGUUGACUCUGAGAGUCCAGAGAAUGAGAAACUUCCUGGUGAAUGGAAGGGUAAAACAGCUAUCCAAAGGCUAUGUAUAAUGCGUUGUAUACGGCCCGAUCGUAUGUCGUAUGCCAUGAAAACGUUCAUUGAUGAGAAACUGGGAUCCAAAUACAUUGAUGCACGAUCGGUGGAAUUCGCCAAAACCUAUGAGGAGAGUAGUCCCGAAACGCACAUGUUCUUUGUGCUAUCACCUGGUGUCGAUCCACUCAAAGAUGUGGAGAAACUUGGAAAAGUACUGGGCUUCAGUUUCGAUCAAGAGAAUUUCCAUAGCGUUUCACUGGGUCAGGGACAGGAAAUUGUGGCGGAAAGGGCCAUAGAGACUGCCUCACAAAAUGGUCACUGGGUCAUAUUGCAGAACAUUCACUUGGUGGCACGUUGGUUGCCAAGUCUCGAGAAAAAGAUGGAAUCUUCCCUCAACAAUGCUCAUCCUAAUUAUCGACUCUUCCUUAGCGCCGAACCCGCUGGCGAUCCUGCCAUGCAUAUACUACCUCAAGGCAUAUUGGAGUCGGCCAUUAAGAUAACCAAUGAACCGCCCACUGGCAUGUUGGCCAAUGUGCACAAGGCUCUGGACAACUUUAGCGAUGAAACCUUGGAAAUGUGUUCAAAGGAGACAGAAUUUAAGGCCAUUUUGUUCUCACUUUGCUAUUUCCAUGCUGUGGUUGCAGAACGUCGCAAGUUCGGUCCACAGGGAUGGAAUCGAGGUUAUCCUUUCAAUGUAGGUGACCUGACCAUUUCGGUAUAUGUCCUCUAUAAUUAUCUGGAAAACAACACAAGAGUUCCGUGGGAGGACUUGCGAUAUUUGUUUGGUGAAAUCAUGUACGGCGGUCACAUUACCGAUGACUGGGAUAGACGCCUUUGCCGUACUUAUCUGGAAGAGUUCAUGCAACCGGAACUUAUUGAUGGCGAAUUGGAGUAUUGUCAAGGUUUUCCAGCUCCGGGUAUACUUAAAUAUGCCGGAUAUCAUCAAUAUAUUGAUGAUAAUCUACCGGGAGAGAGUCCAGCUCUGUAUGGCCUGCAUUCGAAUGCUGAAAUUGGUUUCCUCACCACAGUUUCGGAACGUCUAUUUCGCAUAGUUUUUGAAUUGCAGCCACGCAUGUCGAGUGGUGGCACAGGAGGUGGCGGUGAAUCAGCUUCACAAGAGGACAUUACAAAGGGCAUCAUUGAGGAUCUGCUAGACAAAGUGCCCACACCAUUUAAUAUUCUGGAACUAAUGGGCCGCGUUGAGGAUCGCAAUCCGUAUAUAAUUGUGGCUUUCCAGGAAUGUGAGCGCAUGAAUAUCCUAAUGGCCGAAUUGAGGCGCUCUCUCAAUGAACUUGAUUUGGGUCUCAAGGGUGAACUGACCAUAUCAUCGAUUAUGGAAGAUCUAAUGCUUUGCCUCUAUAUGGACCAAGUACCCGAACAAUGGACUAAACUGGCCUAUCCCAGUUUGUUGGGCCUGCAAUCUUGGUUCGCUGAUCUUAUGCAGCGUUUGCGUGAACUCGAAGGAUGGGUGGCUGAUUUCCGUUUACCCUCUUCCAUAUGGCUAGCUGGUUUCUUUAAUCCCCAGUCGCUGCUUACAGCAAUUAUGCAACAGACGGCACGUAAAAAUGAAUGGCCCCUGGACAGGGUGUGUCUCAAUUGUGAUGUGACCAAGAAAUUCAAAGAGGAAUUCACAUCACCACCAAGAGAAGGUGCCUAUGUGAAUGGUCUAUUUAUGGAGGGAGCUCGCUGGGAUAUGAAAAUGGGUACCAUAACAGAUGCCUUCAACAAAGAACUAUUCCCAGCCAUGCCGGUUAUCUAUAUCAAGGCCGUCACCCAGGACAAACAAGACACAAAGAACAUUUACGAAUGUCCAGUCUAUAAAAUUCGGCUACGCGGACCCACUUUCGUUUGGACAUUUAAUCUGAAGAGUCGUGAGCGUGCCAGCAAAUGGACCUUGGCUGGCGUUUGUCUACUCCUGCAGACAUAAGCUCCUGCUGACCACAUCCCACUCACCAACCAGUGGCAUCAGUUAAACAAACUAUGUAAAUUGAUCCGUUUUGUGUGGGUGACAAACCUAUCUACUCAAAUAUAUUUCCAUACACACAAUAUUGAUGAGAGGCAUAGCCAACAAGAAAAAAAAACAUGCUGUAUUUGUCAAAGGAGUUAACUGAAUUCCAAUGCUGAAUAAAUUCAUUAGCCAGAGUAAAAGAAGACAACAUCAUGGACAAAACAUUAUCACAUAUUUGCUAUCGAAAUAUAACAACAAAACAUA